AUGCUUUACGAUAUCGAUAAUGGUGAAUAUCAGAGCGGAACUUUUCAAAGUUUUGGCUUUAAUACAUUCCAAACCAUCACAAGAGACACCAAAAUCAUAAGAAGAUAUAAAAGCCAGGACCUUAAAAACAGGACACUAAAGGAAAAAUUCGAGGAUGAGAUAGACAAGUUGCAUGAUUUUACUGAUUUUCCUUUCUCGCCAAGCCUUUGUCAAAAAAGCCUCAAAAUUCCUACUGCCAGAACUGAAACGGUUGAAAGAUUUAUGGAAAAAGGACAUAAGCCUAAGAAACAGUUCAAGGUAAAGAGCUGGGUAUUUAGACCAACUAUUGGGAUAUAUAGACUAAGGCAGUUUUUGAUGUCCCAAAAAAAAGGCCCUAUGUAUGUCCAUGUAAAAGUGGCAGAAAAUGGCCUGAUUAAGGCCAAUUCUGAGCUGAAAUCAGGAAAAACCAAAAGUUUUUCUAUGGAUCAAGCUGCAGCAAUAAAGGAUGAUGAUUGGCUGAGCAGAAGUAUGGAUGAGAAAAAUGAAGAAAUUGGGAAAAUAGAGAUAGAAGGGAUUGUGGAUGAGAAAAUGUUUUUGCAAGGCUUAGAGGAAAUUCAAGAAAAAAGAGUUACUGAUAGAGAGGAUAUAGACAAGCUGAUAGAAACCAAGGAAAAUGAAAUUGAAGAGGUAAAGCAUGAAGAAAAAAUGCAAGAAAAUAAGGAGAAAAUUGAAGGAAUUAAAGAAGAACAUAUUGGAGAGCAUAUAGAAACUAAAGAAGAAACAAAAGAAGAGAUAAAAGAAGAAAAAAAAGAAGAGGUAAAAGAAGAAAGAAAAGAAAGUGACAUUGCUAGAGAGCUUAAAAAAAGCCUCACUUCUGUAAAAGAGAAAAAAUCAAAUGUUUUGACGAAAUCAAAAACAUUAAAAAAGACUUGAACUAAAGCUAAAAAGGAAGCAAAAGAAGAAACUGACAGAAAAAUGUCACCAAAGCCAGAAGCAAAAGAUCAUCAUGAAAUUCAUGUCAAAGAGACAGAAGAUGCCUCAAAACUUCACAAGAUAGAAGAAGAGAUCUCUGCUGAAGUGGCUGUAGAGACAUCAAAAAGUGAAGAAUUGACUAACAAUCAGCAGCCAAAAGAAGAAAUAGAAGAGCUGAAAGAAGACUUUAAGAACGAAGAGCCUACAGAAGAAGAAACUCCAGAAGAAGCCAAACUUUCAGUAAGAGGGGGAAAGAAGAGCGCCACAGGUUCACCUGCAAAAAAAUCUCUAUCUUUUUAGAUAAAAAAAUUUUUUUUGAUUUAAAAAUUAUUAUUGCUUUUAAACUAAUAAAAUAAUUAUGAAUUUAAAUAGGGUAAGGAAAAUAGUAAAAGCAAAAACCUUCAUAUCAAGAAUAUCAAAAAAAAUUGAAAAAGAAGGCAAAAGCGCAGAAAAUACACCCAAAAAUGAUAAUUUAGAUCUAAAGGCUGGCUUUCAGACAUUGGCAGAAAAAGAGCCAGAAAUUGAAAUAAAAGUAGAAAAAGAAAUAAUCCCGACAGAAAAUGCUGAAGCUAUUCAAGAAACUCCUCAGACAAUAGUUGAGCCUCCAAUAAUCAAAGAAUUUUUUAUUGAAAACAAAAUAGGAGCAACUCCUGAAUUUGUUGAUGAAACUAUAGAUAUCCAUGAGGUUCAAUCCAAGCCAGAAAGUAUAAUAGAAAUUAUUGAAGAGCCAGCCAAGCCUGAAACUUUUCCUCCAAUAGAAAAUCUUGAUAAUAAACAAGAAAAUCUUGCUGAGUCUCCACAAAAACAAGCUUUGAAUGCCCCAGAAGAAAAUAAAAGCAAGAGAAGACACAAAUCUAUGACUCAUAGCCCUGAAAAAGAGCCAGAAAGUCUUCACAAGUCAAAGACUAUCUCAAAAGAUGAGCAAAUUUCUCUUAAAAAAAGCCAUUCUGUAGGUAAAGCAGAAGUGACGCGGAAAAAAUCAGAAGAGGUGCAUGAAAUUAAAGAAAAGCAGGAAUCGGAAGAAAAUGAAAAAAAUGAGCAGGAAAGUGGCCAUGCGCCAUGGAAUGCUGCUGUUGAAGCUUUAGAAAAAGGAGAAACAAUUACCGAUGCAAAGCAUGAAGGAAAAGCUAAACUUAGCUUGCCUGAAACAGCGAUAUCUGAAGAGAAAGCUAUAGUUAAAUCUCCUAAUUCCCUCUUGGCUAGCAAAUAAAAUUACUGGAACAGUCCCUAUUUUUAAGAAUUAAUUCCAUUAUUUUCAAAUAAUUUGAUGAUGUUUUUGACUAUAGUAUAAAUCUGAUAAAUUAAAGAGAUUUUUUCUAUAAAAAGCUUACAAUUUUUUUUUUAAAAUAAAUUAAAUUAAAUUGCGACGUUUUAAAUUCGUUUGAGGAUUUACACCUCUGCAAGUUCAUCAGCUCUAUAAAGGGCUACAUGCUGACACUGACUACUUCGCCCAUGCCUGACUUUCUCCAGGGCGUAUGAGCCUAACUCCCAGUUUUGCGCUGGGCACCUAUUGUCUUCAGGGUCACUAAGUCAAGAAGGAAUGGGACCUAAUCUCGGGGCAAUGACCAAUUGUGCUCUUUUCAGAGGAAAAUCCCAUGCAGGUAUCGCACCCUAUAGCACAAGAAAAACCUCUGCCCGAAUACAUUAAUGAUGCUGUACCUGCUUCUCAACUUGGUUCGUACUCAUGGUGAUUGCCUGCAGGUGUUGAGGGAAUUGUGUCAAGAGCAUAUGAUUUUUUAAAACAAAAUAUUUUAUAUAUAAUCCUAUAUAAAAUAUUUUAAAAUUAAAAUUUAAUACGAAGCUAAAAAACUUGCUUGCUGCCCAAGGGAAAAGUAAGCAUGCCAGGUCACCCAGAGGUAAAUCAAAAGUUGGAGCUUCUCCAAAGAAUAAAGAAAUGGCUCCAAUAAAAAUGCCAGACCCAGAGCCAGCUGCUCAAGAAGAAAUAAAGUUAGAAUUUUCUCCAAAGAAUAAAGAAAUACAACAAUCUCCUUUUAUUGAAGAAGUCUUAAAGGUAGAAUCUCCAAAGCAUAAAGCAAUAAUAGAGCAUCCUAUUACUGAAGAAGCCAUAAAGGUAGAAUCUCCAAAGCAUAAAGAAAAAAUUGAGAAUCCCAUUACUGAAGAAACCCUAAAUGCUGAGUCUCCAAGACAUAAGAUAAUAAUAGAGCAUCCUAUUGCUGAUGAGACCAUAAAAGCAGAGUCUCCAAAGCAUAAAGAGCAACCUAUUACUGAAGAAGUCUUAAAAGCAGAGUCUCCAAAGCAUAAAGAGCAUCCUAUUACUGAAGAAGUCUUAAAAGCGGAGUCUCCAAAGCAUAAAGCUCAUCCUAUUGCUGAAGAAGUCUUAAAAGCAGAGUCUCCAAAGCAUAAAGAAAUAAUAGAGCAUCCUAUAGCUGGAGAAGCUUUACAUCAAGAAGAAUUCACAAUACACAUAGAAGAGCCUAUUGAAGAAGCGCCUAAAGAAGAAACUUUACCAAAACACAAAGAAAAAGCUUCGCCAAAAAUAACUAAAAAAUCUCCAGUUAAAGAAGAACAGAAAAAAGAAGUGGCUGCAAAGCACAAAAAAUCGCUUUCAAAGGAAGAAAAUAAAAAAGAAGAGACAAAACAUAUAAGAAGAAAGACUCCACAAGCACAUGAAAUAACUGCUCACAGAGAAGAAAGCAAAAAAAAUGAGUUAGAAGCCUCUAAUGCAUCAGAAUUCAAAGAAAAUGAACUAAAAGUCCCUCAGGAAUUAGAUACUAAAGAGGAGGAAGAAGAAACUACCAAAAAUGAGCUACAAGUGGCUGAUUGAAAAGAAGAAAAUAUAGAAAACCAAUUGCAAGCCCCAGAGACGUCUGAUCUUAAAGAGGAACAUAAAAAAGAAGCAACAAAGGCUAAAAGAAAAGUCGAGCCUAAGACAUCUGACGAGAAAAAAGAAGAAGUCAAACAGAAAAAAAAAGUUGACUCUAAAUCAGCUGAUGCUAAAGAAGAAAAAAAAGAAGUGGCAAAACAUACAAGAAAAAAGACUCCACAAGCGCCUGAAGUCAAAGAAGAAAACGAAUUACCUGAAACUUCUGAUGCAAAAGAAGAAAAUAAAAAAGAAGCGCCAAAACAUAUGAGGAAAAAAACACCUCAAGCUCCUGAUAGUAAAGAAGAAACAAAUGAGCCUGAGGCAUCUGAUGUAAAAGAAGAAAAUAAAAAAGAAGCUCCUAAAAGUGCAAGAAAAAAAGAUGAAAAAUCUGAAGUCAAAGAAGAAAAUAAAAAAAAAGCUACGAAGCUGAAAAAGAAAGAAGAGCCACAAGCACAUGAGGUAGCUCAUAUAACAGAAGAUUCUUCAUCCCAAAUUUUAGAAACACAUCCUAAGGAUGAGCAGAAAAUAGAAGCUUCAUCGUCUGAAAUUAAUCCUGUGAAAAAUCAAGAGGCAGCUGUAGAGGAGCCUAUCAAAAAAAUUAUUGAUGAAGAAAAAUCUAUACAGGCUGAAAUUAUUAAAGAAGAGCAUAAUAUUGAACCAGGGGUUACUAGUGAAGAGCUUAAAGCUGAAGCACCAGUUAUUAAAGAAGAGCCUAGAGUUGAAACACCAGCUGAAGAGAAAAAAACCAAGGCUAAAGCCCCAAUUAAAAAAGCAAAGGCUAAAGUUGAAGUAAAAGCUAAUGAGGAUGGUCCUAAAGCUGAAGCAGAAAUUAUUGAGCCAAAAGCUGAAGAAUCAGCUACUAAGGAAGAGCCUAAAAACAAAGCACAAACUGAAGAGAAAAAGACUAAGGCGAAAGCACCAGUUAAAAAAACAAAGGCCAAAGUUGAAGCAAAAGUCACUGAGGAUAGUCCUAAAGUUGAAGCUGGGAUAAUUAGCGAAGAGCCUAAAGUUGAAGCACCGAUUAAGGAAGAGCCUAAAACUGAAGUGCCAAUUGAAGAGAAAAAAACUAAAGCAAAAGCACCAGUUAAAAAGGCAAAAGCUAAAGUUGAAACAAAAGUUGUUGAAGACCCCAAUGCUGAAGCAGACAUUAUUAAUGAAGCACCAAUUAAAGAAGAUCCUAAAGUAGAAGCACAAAAGGCUGAGACAAAAACUAAAGCUAAAGCGCCAGUUAAAAAGGCAAAGGCUAAAGUUGAAACAAAAGCUGUUGAAGAAAGCCCUAAAGUUGAAGCAGAAACUAUCAGUGAGGAAAUUAAAACUGAACUGCCAGCUAUAAAGGAAGAGCCUAAAGUUGAGGUACCAGUCACAGAAAAAAAGACUAAGCCUAAAGUAGCAGUUAAAAAAGCGAAAGUUAAAGUGGAAGAAACACCAGCUGUUAAGAAAAACCCAAAUGUUGAAGCAGAAAUUAUUAGUGAAGAGCUUAAGGCUGAAGCACCAGCUAUCAAAGAAGAGCCUAGAGUUGAAACACCAGCUGAGGAGAAAAAAACUAAGGCUAAAGCACCGGUUAGAAAAACGAAGGCUAAAGUUGAAGUAAAAGCUACUGAAGAUGCUCCUAAAGCUGAAGCAGAAAUUAUUGAGCCAAAAGCAAUUAUUAGUGAAGAGCUUAAAGCUGAAGCACCAGCUAUUAAAGAAGAACCUAAAAUUGAAGCACCAGCUGAAGAGAAAAAAACCAAAGUUAAAGCACCAAUUAAAAAAGCAAAGGCUAAAGCUGAAGUAAAAGCUACUGAGGAUGGUCCUAAAGCUAAAGCAGAAAUUAUUGAGCCAAAAGCUGAGGAAUCAGCUAUUAAGGAAGAGCCUACAAAUAAAGCACAAACUGAAGAGAAAAAGACUAAGGCAAAAGCACCAGUUAAAAAGACAAAGGUCAAAAUUGAAGCAAAAGCCACUGAGCAUGUUCCUAAAGCUGAAGCAGGAAUAAUAAGCGAAGAACCCAAAGCUGAAGCUCCGAUUAAGGAAGAGCCUAAAACUGAAGCGCCAAUUGAAGAGAAAAAAACUAAAGCAAAAGCACCAGUUAAAAAGACAAAAGCCAAAGUUGAAGCUAAAUCUUCUGAAGAAGUUCCUACAAUCGCUGCAGAAACUAUUAAUGAAGAGCUUAAAUCUGAACCACUUAUUAAAGAAGAGCCUAAAGUUGAAGCAUCUACUACAGAUAAAAAGACCAAAGCGAAAGCACCAGUUAAAAAGACAAAGGCCAAAGCUGAAGCAAAAGCUAAUGAAGAAAAUUCGCAAAAAGAGGCUUCUGAGAAUCCUAAAAUUGAAAAUGCUCUUAAUAAAAAUCAAACAGAAAUAAUAAUUGAAAGCUUAGGAGAGCCCAGCAGUGCUCCAAACGUUGAGGAAAACAAAAUAAAUGAAGAAACUAACAUAAAUACUCCUGAAAAUGCCAGCAAGACAGAAGAAGUUAAAACAAAUAAGCAAGCCCCUACUAAAAAAAAUGCUGCAAAAGCUUCAAGUAAAGCAGGUACAAAGCUUACUGUCAAAGCACAAAUAAAGCCUGGGGUUACUAAAAUUCUUAACUUUACCAGCACUGAUAAUGCUGAAGAAAUAGUUUCAGAAUUUUCAGAAAAAAACGAACUUAGCAAAAAAGAUAGAGAUAAUCUUCUCAAAGAAGUUUCUCAGCAAAUAAAAAAAGCUAAAUAA